UGGAUCUGGUAUCUGGGAACAUUAAACCGCAGUCUGGACAACUGUUUACGUGUUCCGAAUAAAUUGCAUCGCGUCGUUGCAGUGCAGAAGUUUUGGGUAUUGAAUUUGUGAUCCUCUUGGAUGCAGCAAGCAUAUUUCGAGAUGUCAACCGGUUGAUAUUGCUUCACAAAUUACGUCAACGUUGGUACAUUUUGUUACAAACAUCUUUAUAAUUCGAAGAUACGAUGGAUAUAGAACUUGUUGAAAAAUUCAUAGAAGUGACGGGAGAGAGUGCAGCAAUGGCUCGUCUGUAUUUAUCAGUAACUGAUGGCAAUGUGGAAGCUGCAAUAAGCUUAAUGUUUGAAAGAGGUCAAGUACCUGAAGAAGAACAUGUAAACCCUGAACCAGAAGUGAGACCUCCUAUCUUACCUACACAAGAAAUAUUGGUACCAGCUGAUCCAGUCUGUUCUUUUCCAAGUUCAUCAAAUAAUGUAUUUGAUAGAUUUAGGGAUUUUGCAGUAGAAACACAACGACAAGAAGAAGAGUUGUCACGUAGAGUAGCUGGGAUUCAUCAUAUCUCCCAACGUAUAUCAAAGAGGUUGGAAGAUUUAUUUCGACCUCCAUGCAGCAUCCUCUUCUUGGGUUCUUUUUUAGAAGCUCGUGAACAUGCCAAGACAUUAAAUCGUUGGUUACUUGUAAAUAUUCAAAAUUCCCAAGAAUUUGCCUGCCAGAUCCUUAAUAGAGAUGUGUGGUCAAAUCAGCAGAUUCGAGAAAUUGUAAAGGAUCAUUUUGUUCUGUGGCAAGUCUUGUCAAAUACCGGCGACGGAAAGCGCUACAUCGAUUUUUACAAUGUAUCAGAGUAUCCCUACUUAGCAGUAAUAGAUCCCAGAACAGGAGAAUGCAUGAAAAUUUAUAAUCAUAUUACUGUUGAUAUUUUAAUAUCUGCUUUAAAUGAUAUGUUAAGUACUCAUCCGUCACCAGAAUGUGUAACAACUGACCCAUUUAGUUCAAAAACAUGGAACAAUUGCACUGCAACAGCAACAAAAGAAAAUCCUAUGUCUAGUUCAACAAUAAGUGAUUGUAGUAGUAGUAGUACUAAAACUUCCAAACAUGUGAUCGAUAAUUUAAACGACCCAGAUAGUCACAAUGGCGUAACAAAUGUUCAAAGUUCAACUUCAACAUCAAGCUCAAGUACAAGUACAGCAAUUGAUGAUUCUGAAAAUAUAAAUAAAAAACGAAGAAUGAAUGAGUCUGACCUAAAAAAACAAAAUGAGGGCAUUAGUUCAAAGGAUACGUCGUGUAAACCAAAAUACCAGCUGAACGAAAUUAAACCUAAUAGUGAACCUAUAAGUCUCUGUUUAAGAUUGCCAAACGGUAACAGAGAAACAUUAUCAAUGUAUGCAGCAAAUACAGUCGAAGAUUUUAUAAAUAAAAUGGAAAGCUUGGGUUACGUGUCAUCUGAUCAUAGUUACUUGGUACCAUUUCCGAAAACAAAUAUCGGAGAACUUGCUCCGGAAAUCCGUUUGUCAGACACGGUCUUGUUUCCAACAAACACAGUAUUUAUAACAAAGUUAUAGUAAUUUGUUUGAUGAACGCGGAUACAUCCCUCCUUAUUCGCGACACAUUGAAUACUUCAACUACUACAUAUGUUGAAGUAAAACAUUGCUUUGCUAUGAGCAUUAUCUGAGGUAUCGUAUAUCAAGUAGUGAAGUGAGGCCUCAAAAAUUUGGAGUAAAAGCCUUGACCGUACGAGGGUUAAAUAAACGGAAUGGCAUCAACAAACACUGACAUGUAUGUGAUAAACCGUGUAUCGGUGAUAACUACUCCUUCUAUCUUAUUUCAAUGCAGAACAUCAGAAAAUUAUAUUUUAUGUUUUUAUAACAAUGAUUUAUGU